AUGUUCAACGGUGCGAAAGAGCAGUUGAAAAAACCUAUUUCCAGUACAGCUAGUGGAAGGGGUGCUGAAAGGAAAACAAAAAAGGAACAGUUGAAACGCAGCGAACUAGCCCGAUUAAGGCCGGUUUACAAUGAGGAGGGAGAAAUCACACCUACAUUCCUUCAGACCAGGCUCCAGCGACUAGACAAAGGGGUGGGAGCUAUUGAGGCAGCCACAUCGAGGACUCAGCAACAGAUGCAUGACUAUGCUGAAGAAAUUAGUAGUCUGAAACCCUACCAAAAGGAAAUAGAGGACUUCGAGAAGUAUUCGUCUAAAGCGCUCGACCCGCUGACCAUGGCCUUCGAUCACACAUUACUACUGCAGGCACGUAUAAGAGCCUUUCGCUCUUAG